ACAGCCCUGGAGACUACGCGGUCGGCAAAGUCCUUCCAAGGGCGGAUUCAUUUAUUGAAUGUUUCAAUAGAAACUUGGGGAGGUCCAACGGUCCACUGCAGCACUCGCCAGUCUUCAAUCUCGAUGGUCUCUGAUGAGCUCGAAUGUAGGACCUAGACAAAUGCUGCCACCAAGCUGGCCGAGAACAGGCACCAGAAUGGAGUGCAUGCUCGCGGAUCAGGCGUCGAAAAUUCCAAACGACCCGACAUGAAGGACGACCUUCGUGAUACCAAUCGUAUCCAAAAGCUCAGCGAUGACGCGAUAAGAAGCAUCCAUUCCUCCAAAACCAUAAUAUCCGAAGAAGAUGUCGCGAUUGCGCUCUUGGAGAACAGCCUCGACGCAGGUGCCACAAAAGUCGAGAUCACCAUCAAUCGUUCACGCGGGAGUUGCGCCGCUACGGACAAUGGUCGCGGAAUUCCCUCCUACGAGUUCCUCGAAGAUGGUGGACUCGGUAAGAUGUACUGGACGUCCAAACGCGAUCCAUCACAAUCUCUCGAGAUGCACGGUGCAAACGGUACGUUCUUGGCGCAGCUUGGGACACUGUCUUUGUUAAAAAUCCGCUCGGUCGAGGAAAAUCACUUUGAAAACAAUGCGAUCAUGAUGCGUAAUGGGAAGGUGCUUCGGCGUCUAUCGGACACGGAAGCCAAUUUGCCCAAUGGGCACGGAACAAGUGUAAUGGUUACAGAUCUAUUCGGCACAAUGCCGGUCCGCCUGAAACAACGCGCUUUAUUAACAAGCAAGCAGCUGGAGGACCUCUGGAACCUUCUCAAAACUCGAAUUGUUGCCCUCGUGCUUGCCUGGCCACGGCCCUGCAGCGUACGGGUGCAAGAUGAGGAGGGCCCGGCGAGAAAGCUACACCUUUUCAGUAACAAUCCGAACAUACCAGGUGAAUUGUCGUCAAGGAACCUGAAAGCUUUGAAUGGGACGCAUUCCCAAUACAACCCACAAGACGUUCUGCCGGUGCUGUUUCAAGCCGGCCUGGCGCCUUGGGACUCCCGACAAAGCUGGACAUCGAUAUCGGCAUCAUCGUCAAUGCUGCACCUCAAAGGGAUGAUCUGCUCGCAACCUGCUCCCUCAAAAGCCUGUCAAUUCAUUUCCUUGGGGGUUCGGCCCCUUGGCACGAGCACAGGACACGAGGAUCUCUAUGAUUGCGUCAAUCGUACAUUCGCGAAAAGCAGUUUCGGCAAUUCCUCUAACCACCAGAAGGACGAGACUUGCGAUAUUCGAAAGACUCCAGGCGUACGCCAAGAACGGAAAAGCCGAGCUGCGGCCUUCAACAAUAGGCGCGGCUCAGUUGAUAAGAACGUGAUGUUCUUUGUCCAGCUCCUGACAAAGAACAACGCAUCUAAAUCCAUGUUCGAGUCGGAGUCGAGCACACCAAUGUCGAACCAGCUACUUCUGAAUUUACUGAAAGCUGCUAUGGCCGCGUGGCUUGAGAGGCAUCACUUUAUUGGGACAUCAGGUGCGCAACAGGACCUGGCACGGCGAACGAGGUCCUCAAACGUGUUUGAUGCAGCGAAUAAGGUUAGUGCUGAAGCAAAACGCUCUGGAGAGCCCUCCGACGUUGAGCCCAUCCACCAAACGAACGUUUUCAAGGACAAAACUAUCCCUUCAACUCAUUGGAGUGCUAUCCGGUUUGGUAUCCCUACAUUGAGCACGAGAGUCGAGAUCGGUCCGGAAAGUCGUAACCGAUCACCAACUUCCAAAGCCAAGCAUCUCGAAAGUAGUGGUCUCCUGGCGGAGAGCAUAUCCGGCACGAUGGCUCGAGAGGAACUCUACGAACAAGCCGAAGUACAAGAGAUGGCACUGGCUUAUGGGACAAACUCAUCAUCGAUCCCUUUCGAGAAAGUCGACCGCGCUGUUUCGAACCCGCAUUCCUUGCCAUCUAGAGCCGGUUUGACGCACGCUUUGAGGGGUCACGAUGGAACGCUGCAAUGGGUCGAUCCGAUCAGCAAGCUUGCGUACAGAAUUAAUGCUAGAACCGGGGUAACGAUUCCACAAGCUCCGAGAAACAAAGUACGCGGUGCAUCAAGCGGUGUCGCAGUAGCCCUGCGGAAUGACGCGCAGACUGUCAAUUGCGCCACGGAGAGCCAUACGACAUCACAAACAAAAGUUUUCUCGAUACAAGGAGAUGCCGCAAUUGUGCCGUCUGAUGAAAUCCUUACACGUUGGCACAAUCCCGUCUUUCAGAAGCAGAAAGAAGAAAGGAUAACCUCCGCGCCAUGCGUAGACAUCACGUUGGAAAGGGCUUGCCAUCUCCAUCUGUCUCCCAAGCUGCUACCAGACAGUGCACAUUCCGUCGCUGCUAGGAGUACGCAAGCAAAUUUGGCGGAGAAAAUGUGCAAGGCACAUUUUGAGAAUGCCGAGGUUGUAGGUAAGGUUGACCGUAAAUUCAUUCUUUGCAAGAUUCGCGACAACUCGAGUUUCGAUGAUUUGGGACACGAUACGUUGGUGCUCAUAGAUCAGCACGCUGCGUCGGAAAGGAUUAUCUUAGAAGGCCUGCUUGGGCAGUAUGGUACACCAACAGCAGGGGAAACAACGCAUUCCACAGAGGGGGCUAAGUUUCAAACUGCGGUUGUGGGCGACUACACCUCGCACGCAAGUGCGCUUAACUUUGAAGUUUCGAGAACAGAGCGCGAGCUCCUGCAGCAGUAUCGCGCGCACUUUGCUGCGUGGGGAGUGUCUUACGAGCUCGAGCGUCAUGAAGACCGUGUCUCCGGCAUCCAAGCCGAGACCUUCGGCGUCGGAGGUGAAACCUGCCUUCGAGUGAGAAAACUACCGUUAGUAAUUGUCGAGAGAUGUUCCAGCACACCACGAUUGUGUAUUGACAUGAUCAGAGCCGAGAUCUGGGCAUUGCACGAUGGUAUCAGGAGACCAAUUUCGCAAAGACAGAUUGAGAUGGCACAGUCACACUGCGGCCAGGCUACAACUGAUCUCAGCGCACCGCUCUGGACAAGAUACCUCUCGUAUUGUCCUCAAGGGAUGCUGGACAUGCUCAAUUCCCGCGCUUGCCGGUCGGCAAUCAUGUUCAAUGACAAGUUGUCCCAGGGAGAGUGCGAAGAUCUCGUACGACGAUUAGUAGCAUGCGUGUUCCCGUUUGUGUGCGCUCACGGGAGGAGGAGUAUGGUUCCGCUUAACGGUAUGGAUAUGCUUGGGGGAAAUAUAUGUUGACCGCAUUUUGGACGUGGACGAUAGUGUUUCCUGAUGAAAGCCCACUUCUCAUGCGGAGCAUGUCGUACGUCCAUUUUGAAGGUGCAAUUUUCUCUCUGUGGGGCCAUCUGGCUCGUCUCGUAAGCUUGUCUGUGGGGAAGGAGGUGUGGCCAUACUAUGUUUAGAGUUCAAAAUAUUUUAGACCUUCAGGAUGUGAAAACAAAUGCGAAGUCAGACGUC